AUGGAAGCGAUCAAAGAUAGCAAGGAACCGCUUGACUUCUGGUCGUGGUGGAACGACUUAAUGUCAUGCGGGUGUGGAGGGAGAGCAGGAGAGACCAAGUUCACUCCUCCUAGCGUCUCCACCAGCAAGAUGGAUUUCAACACUCUGCAACCCAACAGAGGUUCCGUCGGCUUGAUCCUUCAGAAACGCAACAACGAGUAUGCAAACUUGGAUGUCUCGUUGUGUCAUUCGAAGAUUAACUUGUUCCCUAGCCAUGGCGGAAUGCGAGUGGUUGCGAUUGCAGCAGAUGGGCCGGCAAGGAGGUGCGGGGUGAUCAAGACAGGCAUGCUCGUGAAUGUCAUCGAUGGGACGCCCGUCGCAGACCUGACAGAAGACGAGGCACGUCAUUCUCCUUGCUCGCGAGUUGAGACUACUGGGCAGUUCUUCGACGUCUCGUUGGUUCGCGAGGUCUUGACUUCUGGCGCUCGCUUCUCUUUCCCGGGCAUGUCGCGCUCGGGCAGAAACAUUCGGAUUUAG